AUGAGUUCACGGGUUCUUGCUGCGGGCUUGCGGCCUGUGACGCGACGUGCAUUCGUCAGUGUCAACCGACAACUACACCGAUUCCCUAACGGGGGGCUGUUGCGAGCAGACUCAUCCAUCCGAGCGACCAGAAAGCGCAUGUGGUUUGGUGGCAACUCGUUUCAUAAUGCUGUCAUUGCUAGGAAUGCCUCGUUUGCCCGUUUCUUACCUAAGCUAGUUGUCAAGUUCGCUAGAAUACCAGCAAUGUUUGGUGGCUUGGCAAUCGGUGCUUUUGCUUGGGUUCAAUAUCAAGCAAAUCAGGCCAGCACUUAUGCUAUCGAGCUUUUCAAUACGACAAAAGAUACCGUAACGUCGACGGCGACAAGCUUAUUCGACACCGCGAAGGAUGUUGCUGCUCAAACUCGGCAAGGUUGGGAAAACACGAAGGAGCAGGUCGAGACGCCAGAAUGGUUAAAACGGAUGCUCAGAAUCCAUGAAGAUAUCGGCACCGGAGGCAACGGCGGAGCGGGUGGCGGGGGCGGGCCAAAACAGAGCAGAACAGGUACUGGGGUGGCUGCUGCUGCGUCUGCGGCAGCCUAUGGCUACGAGAAGACUUCAGAAAACGAUGCUCGAGAUUCAGAGGAGGUUGCGAGAGAUGACCAGAUGAUGGUUCUUACGAAGAAGAUGAUCGAGAUCAGAAGUAUGCUUCAAAAAGUUGGGCAGUCCAGCUCGUUGACACUUCCAUCCAUCGUCGUCAUCGGUUCACAGUCAUCGGGGAAGAGCUCUGUUCUGGAGGCGAUUGUUGGACACGAAUUUCUUCCAAAGGGCUCGAAUAUGGUUACUCGCAGACCAAUCGAGCUCACGCUAGUGAACACGCCUGCGUCAAAGGACGAGUACGGAGAGUUCCCGGACCUCGGUUUAAGACAUAUUUCAGAUUUUUCAUCCAUCCAAAGAACGCUGACGGAACUCAACAUGGCAGUAUCAAACGCCGACUGUGUGUCUGAUGAUCCUAUCCAUCUUACUAUUUAUUCGCCCAACGUCCCCGACUUGUCUCUGAUUGACUUACCUGGUUACAUCCAAGUUGUUGGACAAAACCAACCACUUCAAUUGAAGCAGAAGAUCUCGGAACUAUGUGAUAAAUACAUUCAGCCGCCAAAUGUGAUUCUAGCCAUCUCAGCAGCCGAUGUGGAUCUCGCCAAUUCAACCGCCUUGAGGGCAUCUCGCCGAGUAGACCCAAGAGGCGAGCGAACUAUUGGCGUCGUCACCAAGAUGGACCUAGUUGACCCUACUCGCGGCGCCGCCAUUCUAAAUGACAAACAAUACCCACUUCGGCUAGGCUACGUUGGAGUCGUAUCCAAAGCACCGUCUUCCCAAGGAUUGUUCAAGAUGGGUCCAGCCAAUUUAAUGUCAUCGAUAGCCAAACACGAGAACAGCUACUUUUCAUCUCACCCCCUCGAGUUUGGCCCGGAUGCCGGUGUCAAUGUCGGCACCAUAACAUUACGCAAAAAGUUGAUGCAUGUCCUUGAGCAAACCAUGUCAUCCAGCUUACAGAGCACGAGUGACGCUAUCCGGCAGGAGCUUGAAGAGGCGACAUACGAAUUUAAAGUACAAUACAACGAUCGGCCGCUAUCCGCAGAGUCGUAUCUCGCUGAGAGUUUAGACGCUUUCAAGCACUCUUUCAAGCAGUUUACAGUAGAGUUCGGUCGGCCGCAAAUGCGCGAAUUGCUAAAAAGCGAACUUGACCAGAAAGUCUUGGAUCUUUUAGCAGCCAGAUACUGGAACAAACCUAUCACAGAUCUGUCUCAGGCUCAAGUAGAGCCUGACCAUAUCUCAGAUCUUCCGAAAGCGGAAGCUUCCUCGCUGUACUGGCACCGGCAGCUUGAUGCAUCAGCCUCAGCACUCACCAAGCUCGGUGUUGGGCGUCUCGCCACGACGGUAGUAUCCUCCUCUUUGCAAGACCACGUUGACCAGCUACUCAAUAAUUCUAAUUUUGCAACACAUCCUUUCGCUCGCCAAGCCAUAUUAGAGGCAGCAUCAACCAUUCUCAACGAAAGGUUCUACAGUACCAGCGAUCAAGUAGAAAAUUGUAUUAAGCCUUUCAAAUUUGAGAUUGACAUCGAGGAACGCGAAUGGGCCCAGGGCCGGCAACACGUAGGAGACGUGUUGAAGAAGGAGCUACAAGACUGUGAAGCUGCCUUGAGCGGACUUGAGUCAUCCAUUGGCGGUCGAAGAAAGUUAAAGGAAGUGAUGAAUUUUGUUGAUAAGGCCAGGAAAGGCGACAUUGUCGUAGAAGGCGAUGGUCGAAGUGGCGCUGGCGGUUUUAGCGCUGCACUACUCGCCAAAGGGCGUGAGGCAGUAUUCCUUCGUGAUCGUGCAGAUAUCAUCAAGAUGCGACUCAUGGCCGUCAAGUCCAAACAAUGCGCAUCUGUCAAGAACAAGUACUAUUGCCCUGAAGUGUUCUUGGAUUCUGCAGCAUCAAAACUAGCUUCUACAGCUGUGCUUUUCAUCAAUGUAGAAUUGCUGUCUGAAUUUUACUAUAACUUCCCUCGAGAACUAGACCUUCGUCUCGGUCGCCAUCUAACUGAAGAAGAAGUGGAAAGAUUUGCCAAGGAGGACCCCAAGAUUCGGCGCCACCUGGAGGUUAUUCGCAGAAAAGAGCUUUUGGAGCUUGUUCUUGAGAAAAUGGACAGCUUAAAGCAACUAGAGGGCAGAGAACGUGAACGGUUGACUGACGGACGAAGACAUGGCGGACAGAGGCAGCGUGGUAGAUGGGGUCUGUUUUAA